AUGCUCUCCAGGGCGGUGUGUGCGCCGCGCGUGUGCUUGUCAAGCCGACUUGGCCUCGUCGCAUCGUCCAGGUCGGCGGCGGCAGGAGCAGCAGCGCGCCGGCAGCUACCACGACUCCAGUCUACCAGCCUUGCCCUACGAGCGUACUCGUCGAAUUCGUUAGGUGUGGCGCAAAAGAAGAGGGUGGAAGCUCUCAUUUCCGGAAAUGAACCCCUCGACUCAUCACGCAGGAGACGCCGUAAGUCCCCGCGACGACGUCACGACGAUGACGGCCCGGAAUGGGAGCUACUCCAGCCGGAGACGGCGACCGUCGACGCAGUAACUACCGAUCAACACCAUGCCAGUGCACAGACGAGUCAAAGUGCCACUGUGAAGGGAACUGAAGCUGCCGAAUACGAUCCCGUCGAGGGCACCGAGCCGCUACCUCCAAUCGAGGAACCUCCCGCGCCGACGCAACCUGGCUCCCCCGACCAGCGACGCUCCGUGAACCACUUCAGAGACAGGCUCUUCGACCUGCAGCGCGUCAAUGCCGAAGCGCUCGGCAGGCCGAUCGACACCCUGGUGAUAAGGGACCCGGACAUGCUACGCAGGAAAGGCGGCGGCAGGAAGAUGGUAAUUCCCACCGACAGCACGGAUCAACUAGACUGGCGGAGUCUCUUGGAGCCCGCGACGCCAGCCGAGGUGGACGCUGUGGCCGAGGCCCUGGCCAACAUUGAGGAGCUGCGCCCCAUUGACCUGACCAUCCCGAGGCGCCAGCUGAACGACCUCAUCGACAGCCUCAGCGAGGGCUUCACAAAGGACCAGCUGUCCAUGUACCACGGCCAGGCGGAUGACCCGAAGACAUCGCCAUCGUCCCAUCAGAUUCCCAAAUACGACUGGCUGGCGGGAUGCUCGAGUUGGAAGUCUGCCAGCCAGGAGUCUGUGGGCGCCGAGUCGCCCAAGAAGCGCCUCGCACGCGCUAUUGUGACGUCCAAGUGGAAUAUCCAGGCGCAAGAGGAGGUCGGGGGACUGGGUUUGACGGAGAUACAUGUCAAUUCCCGAGUGUACGGGAUGCUCACAAGCCCGUCAAUCGGUGCCUCCGCAGCCCUGACCCUUCGGCAUCUCAGCCCGUCAAUCGGCGAAGCCAUCACCCCCUACGCCCAUGGCCCUCACAGUGGAACCGUCCACCUGCACACGCGCAAGAGCAUCGUCCCCGGAAUCCUGUCCUUCAUCGACGAACUUUCGCAGCGCAUGGUCACAAAGGACAUCCCGCUGGACGACCUGAGCGACCAAUCCGAUUUUCGGCCCGAGUUCUGGGAAGGCCUGUCGAGGCGCACGGGGACCUUGAUCGAGUACCAGAGAGGCCUAAAGAACCUCGAGGUGAAGGAGCAGAUUACCACAAGGCGUCUCAAGAGCAAGGCCAAGAUCAUCAAAGCGGGCAGACUCGUGCCACACUAUCGCGAGAGCAGAGGCAUGUCGUGGCGCGACAAGCUGCACCAGUGGUCUCGCUUCGUCCUCCCUGCCAGCGUGCCAGGCGAGCUCAAGGCUAAACACCUCAAGUUCCCCAGCAACGUAGAGAUCUCGUGGCCCUCGGAAGCCGGAGCCAGAGCCGUCGUUGAUACAGUUGGUGUCGCCGGCACGAGAAGCAGCGUGAGAGCGGGAGAAGGAGACCGGAUCACAGCCACGUUCGGCCACAUACUCCACCACAAGACCAUCCCCAUUACGGACGCUGCGGCCGAGUCACGCCGCCGCAUCAUGUCUCCCGUCGUACCUCACCCGGCCUCCUUCACCGACUUCCUCCCAGAGUACGAGUCGGAUCUCAAGAAGCAGCUCUCCAUUGUUCUCGAUUUCGUGCCCGCGCCCAACUCCAGCAAGGGGGGGCCACUGCCCGAGGUAAGGCUCACGCUACCCAUCGUCAACGACGCAGACUACGACCGCGCCAGCCUCACGGAUCGCUCCUCCCUCCGAGCCGUACAGCCCAUCUUCACUACGGACUUGCUCGUCCCCGACGAGGUGGUGGACGUACGCAUCCAUCGCCAGCGCGAGAUCCCGCUCGACCUGUCGCUCCAGGACAGCCUGCGCGCCUUCAUCGACGCCUCGGAGCUGGUCAUGGCGGAUGGCCGUCUCAAGACCCCCAGCCGCACCAUGCUCGUCCUCCCGAUUCAUCUCUUUCCAGUAACCCCCGAGGGCGAGGACGUCUCUGACAACAACAACAACAACAACACCAACAACACCAACACCAAUAGUGCAUCUUACCUUUUCGCCGGCCUCAACGUCCACGAGACCGUCGAAUUGGCAUGGAAGGGCUGCACCCUCCGCUACGACAGCAUCGAGGCGGACCGCCAUGACGGAACGCAUCAGCAGCUCUCUCUCGAGUGCGACGGCACCCAGGACAGGGCCCACUUCCUCAAACUUCUCGAGUUGGCCGUCGAGGGCAAGUACUGGUCCUGGAACAAGGGUGUUUCCCAGGUUCGUGAGCUACCAGAGGACGUUUCCGAAGGAGAACUCCGAAAGCAGACUCUCCAAGAGGACGACGCUGUCUACGGGGAAGAAGGAGACGAUUCCAUCGCCGGGGAAGAAGAGCAUGGUGACGUCCAUCACUACCACCUGUACGACGCCAACACGGCACCAGAGCAAAUCGAUCCCACCGUCGAGGAGACGGUCCAAGGGGACGACGCCCAUCCGGCGGUUGACGACGAAUGUCGUGACGUCCUUGGAGCGGGGGACCGUCUCGCACUGAGCGUGGAGGAUCAACUUCAGGUACUACUGAGAGACAAGUCCGGUGAGGAUCGUGAGUCUCUACAAGGAGGCGGAGAAGAUGAGUCGUAA